UCAAUGCAAUCUAAGCUUACUCUGUUCAUUGCGAGGCAGUGAUCACGUGUUGAUUCACGCCACAUAUUUUCUUUAAGUCACAUAAUCACAAACACAAUCCAAUUUCUCCCUUUCAGUGUGUUUGAGAGUUUGAAUUGUUGAUCCUCUCUGAGUUCACACUUUCACCUCAACCAAACUAGCAACAAAAUGGGGUUUCAGAAGAUCAGAGUUGACAACCCCAUCGUCGAAAUGGAUGGGGAUGAAAUGACCCGAGUGAUUUGGAAAAUGAUAAAAGAUAAGCUUAUUCUUCCUUAUUUGGAGCUGAAUAUUAAGUAUUUUGACCUUGGCCUUCCUCAUCGGGAUGCCACUGCUGAUAGAGUUACCAUUGAAAGUGCUGAAGCUACACUCAAGUAUAAUGUAGCAAUCAAAUGUGCUACUAUAACUCCAGAUGAAACUCGGGUCAAGGAGUUUAACUUAAAACAAAUGUGGAGAAGUCCAAAUGGGACGAUCCGGAACAUUUUAAAUGGUACAGUUUUUAGAGAGCCAAUUAUAUGUAAAAACAUCCCGCGUCUUGUUUCAGGCUGGACAAAGCCAAUAUGCAUUGGAAGGCAUGCUUUUGGAGACCAAUAUCGGGCAACAGAUACAGUUAUAAAUGGACCAGGAAAGCUAAAAUUGGUGUUUGCUCCUAGUGGAGGUGAAGGAAUUAAAGAGCUAGAGGUCUACAACUUUACUGGUGCUGGAGGCAUAGCCUUGUCCAUGUAUAAUACUGACGAGUCCAUUAGAGCUUUUGCUGAGGCUUCAAUGAACUUUGCUUACCAGAAGAAAUGGCCUCUCUAUCUUAGCACUAAAAAUACCAUUUUAAAGAAAUAUGAUGGAAGAUUCAAGGACAUUUUCCAGGAAGUCUUUGAGGCUCAAUGGAGCCACAGGUUCAAAGCUGCAGGGAUAUGGUAUGAACACCGUCUUAUUGAUGAUAUGGUUGCUUAUGCUCUUAAAAGUGAUGGAGGUUAUGUAUGGGCCUGCAAGAAUUAUGAUGGUGAUGUGCAGAGUGAUUUCUUAGCUCAAGGAUUUGGUUCUCUUGGCUUGAUGACAUCAGUGCUGGUUUGCCCGGAUGGGAAAACCAUUGAAGCAGAGGCAGCCCAUGGCACGGUAACUCGUCAUUAUCGGGUUCAUCAGAAAGGUGGUGAAACCAGCACAAACAGUAUUGCUUCAAUUUUUGCCUGGUCACGAGGUCUUGCACACAGGUAGGGAUUGCAAUGGAAACUAGUCUGC